UAGGAGCACAGAAAUUAGUCUAUUACUAGCGAAGCCAUUGUAUUAAUUGUUCCGGUUAUUUUGCAUUGUCUUCGCGCAAAAUUUUUUGCUAGUUCUUAUUUAGAGUAAGAGAUGAAAUUGGUUUAAUUUGCAUAGUGAAAUAUAGAAUAUAUUUAUUGCACUAACCAUCUUUCCAUAUAUAUGUGUGACAAAAACCAGUAAGAAUGUCUACUGCAGAAGAACCUAUUGAAAACAACCCUGAAAUGGGAGAAAAUUCCAGCGCCUCUUCAUCUGACACGGCAUCUAAAGGUGAAGAUUUUGAUACCAAAAUUGAAACUGAUCGUGGCAGAAGAUUUGAUUAUUUGUUGAAACAAACGGAGAUUUUUUCUCACUUUAUGAAUCAAAACAAGACACCCUCCAAAGUAAAAUCUGGUCGUCCCAAGAAAAUUAAGGAAACUGAUACAGUUAAUGAUCAUCGUCACCGUAAAACAGAGCAGGAAGAAGAUGAAGAACUCCUUGCUGAAACAAAUGUCAAAGCGAAACCUACAGUUCGUUUUGAUGCUUCACCAUUUUAUAUCAAAAAUGGAGAAAUGAGGGACUAUCAAGUUAGAGGUUUGAACUGGAUGGUUUCUUUGUACGAAAAUGGAAUUAAUGGAAUAUUGGCUGAUGAGAUGGGUCUGGGUAAAACAUUACAGACCAUCUCCCUUCUGGGUUUUAUGAAACAUUAUAAGAAUCUUCCUGGACCUCAUAUUGUUAUUGUUCCAAAAUCCACAUUACAGAAUUGGAUAAAUGAGUUUGCGAAGUGGUGUCCUUCUCUCAGAACGGUUUGCCUUAUUGGUCUCCAAGAAGAAAGGAAUGCUUUAAUCAGAGAUGUAAUGAUGCCUGGUGAAUGGGAUGUGUGUGUAACAUCAUAUGAAAUGGUGUUGAAAGAAAAAUCGGUGUUCAAGAAGUUCAAUUGGAGAUACAUGGUUAUUGAUGAAGCUCAUCGUAUUAAAAACGAAAAAUCCAAACUUUCAGAAUAUCUCAGGGAAUUUAAAACUACAAAUAGAUUAUUAUUAACAGGUACACCCUUACAAAACAACUUGCACGAGUUGUGGGCCCUAUUAAAUUUCUUACUGCCAGAUGUAUUCAACUCAUCCGAAGAUUUUGAUGCUUGGUUUAACACCAACCAAUGUCUUGGAGAUAAUGAACUAAUUGAGCGUUUGCAUGCUGUUCUUAAGCCUUUCCUACUCAGGAGGUUGAAAUCAGAGGUGGAGAAAAGGUUAAAACCAAAGAAAGAGAUUAAAGUUUAUGUAGGUCUGAGCAAAAUGCAGAGAGAAUGGUACACAAAGGUACUGAUGAAAGAUAUUGAUGUUGUCAAUGGUGCAGGUAAAGUUGAAAAAAUGAGGCUUCAAAACAUUCUUAUGCAACUGAGAAAAUGUACCAACCACCCAUAUCUGUUUGACGGGGCCGAACCUGGCCCACCAUACACAACAGAUGAACAUUUGGUGUAUAAUUGUGGUAAAAUGGCAAUAUUGGAUAAAUUGUUGCCAAAGUUGCAAGAACAGGAGUCUCGUGUUCUGAUAUUUUCCCAGAUGACCAGAAUGUUGGAUAUCUUGGAGGAUUAUUGUCAUUGGAGGCAAUACCAGUAUUGUCGUUUGGAUGGUCAAACACCUCACGAAGACAGACAAAGACAAAUCAAUGAGUAUAACGAGCCUAAUAGUAAAAAAUUCAUCUUCAUGUUGUCAACAAGAGCCGGUGGUUUAGGUAUAAAUUUAGCAACUGCCGACGUGGUAAUCAUUUAUGAUUCCGAUUGGAAUCCUCAGAUGGAUUUACAGGCUAUGGAUCGUGCCCAUCGUAUUGGACAGCUGAAGCAAGUCAGGGUGUUCAGAUUCAUAACGGAAAACACAGUGGAGGAAAAAAUCGUAGAGAGGGCAGAAAUUAAGCUACGUUUAGAUAAACUUGUGAUACAACAGGGAAGAUUACAGGACUCGAAGGCUCAAAGUUUGAACAAAGAUGAAAUGUUAAAUAUGAUAAGACAUGGAGCAAAUCAUGUGUUUGCGUCAAAGGAUUCAGAAAUAACCGAUGAUGAUAUUGAUACUAUACUACAAAGAGGAGAAGAGAAGACGCAGGAGAUGAAGCAGAAGUUGGACUCUUUGGGAGAAUCUACUUUGCGUAACUUCACAGUGGAUACACCCAAUGAGAAUUCGACAGUAUACCAUUUCGAAGGGGAAGAUUACAGGGAGAAACAGAAAACUAUUGGUAUGAACACUUGGAUUGAACCUCCAAAACGUGAGAGGAAGGCCAAUUAUGCUGUAGAUGCCUAUUUUAGGGAAGCUCUAAGAGUUUCAGAACCUAAAGCCCCAAAGGCACCCAGACCACCGAAACAACCUAUUGUUCAAGACUUCCAAUUCUUCCCACCUCGUUUGUUUGAGCUUCUCGAUCAGGAGAUAUACUUCUAUAGGAAAUCACUGGGAUAUAAAGUUCCUAAAAAUUUUGAACUUGGACCAGAAGCUACCAAACAGCAGAAGGAGGAACAAAGGAAAAUAGACGAUUCAGAACCACUAACAGAAGAAGAGCAACAAGAGAAAGAGCAAUUGUUAACUCAAGGUUUUACCAAUUGGAGCAAAAGAGAUUUCAACCAGUUCAUAAAGGCCAAUGAAAAGUAUGGGAGAGACGACAUUGAAAAUAUCGGUAAGGAGGUGGAAGGUAAGACUCCGGAAGAAGUUAUGGAGUAUUCAGCAGUAUUUUGGGAGCGUUGUCACGAACUCCAGGACAUCGAGAAAAUCAUGGCUCAAAUCGAGAGGGGCGAGGCCAAAAUUCAAAGACGGGCCAGUAUUAAGAGAGCGUUGGAUGCUAAAAUGGCCAGGUAUAGGGCCCCCUUCCACCAACUCCGCAUUUCUUAUGGUACCAACAAAGGGAAGAACUACAUGGAGGAGGAAGAUCGUUUCUUGAUUUGCAUGUUACACAAGCUGGGCUUUGACAGAGAAAAUGUCUAUGAAGAAUUACGCGCAGCCCUACGGGGCUCACCUCAAUUCAGGUUCGAUUGGUUCUUAAAGUCCCGUACUGCAAUGGAGCUACAGAGGAGAUGUAACACUUUGAUUACGUUGAUAGAAAGGGAAAAUGUAGAGUUGGAGGAGAGGGAAAAGAACGACAAGAAGAAGAAAAAUCCAAAAGUUGCUUCUUCUUCAGGCGUUCCCAUGCAGGUUCAGGCUAAGACUGGACAGAAAAGGAAAAAUGAUUCGUUGGGAAGUGCGCCUGAAAAGAAGAAGAAGAAAAAGUGAUUGUUUGAUGACUGAUGGAAUAGACAGGCUUUAAAUUGAUUUUUGUGCAACUCUAGGUUGAAAUUUAUUUAUUUUAUGAUUCCCCUCCGAAUGGGUUAGAUUUAUUCGCUGUGCGGUACGUUUAUUAUGUUUUUUAAUAAAUGAAAAGUCUCAGGAA